UCCCCCCCGCAAACCGGCCGGGGCGCGGGGGUUUCCCCAAGGCCGGGGACGAGAGGGGGGGACACGGGCCCUGGGGUCGCUCUCACCUACGGACCGGGGCGUUAGGAAGUGCUUCCGGGUGACGACCGGAAGUGUGGGCGUUGCCGUGGCGACGGGGCCCGGCGGCCAUGGCGGUGCCGAGCUGGCUGGAGAGGCUGCGGGCCGCCAGCAAGACAGCGCUGGUGCAGGACGGUAAGCGGAAGGUGCACUACCUGUUCGAAGAUGGGAAGGAGAUGGCUGAAGAGUACGAUGUGAAGACCGGUCAGUUAGUGAGUAGGAAAUGGCGAGAGAAGAACACCCUUGGGGGCACUGGCAAAUGGCAGGUUGAAGUGGGAGAGCCAACCUCCCCGCUCCUGGGAGCACUGGAAUCAGAGCUCAUAAAAGAAAGCAGCUCCAAUCCUGUCUUCAUGAGGAAGGAUACCCUGAGCAGCUUCCAGUGGCGGAUCCGUAACCUGCCCUACCCCAAGGAAGUGUACAGCGUCUCCGUGGAGAAGGAGCAGCGCUGCUGUGUCAUCCAGACCACCAACAAGAAGUACUACAAGAAGUUCUCUAUUCCUGACCUGGACCGUUACCAGCUUCCCUUGGAUGCAGCUGCGCUGAGCUUCACUCAUGCCAACAACACCCUGAUCAUCACGUACCAGAAGCCAAAGGAGAUCUUGGCUGCAGAAGAGCAGCUGCAGAAGGAGCUGAAGAAGAUAAAGGCAGCAAACAGUGGGGAUGGCGACUGCAAGACCCAAUAGGCAGUGGCUGCUAAGAUGCUGAGGUGUGGGGCAGCUCCCUCGCACAGCUUCAUGGUAUUUAUUUUGCCUUUUCUAAUAAAAAAUUACUCCUGUUGUUAA